AUGUCUACACUUCCCGAAUCUCAGUCCGCAACUACUUCUCCACCUCCAAACGAAUCCGAAUAUGCAUCCACAUCUUAUUCGUCUUCCAGCGCUUCUAGUGCUUCCCCUACCGAGUCCAGCACAGUCGCCACUACAACAGUAGCUACAACAAGUGAGGGCAUUGCGGGUGCUGCUUCUGUGACAUCGUACACUAGCAUAUCGACUUCAGCCAUACCAUCGAGCUCUGCCAGCACCACGAGUGUGGCAAACAACGGCACAUCAAGCAUAUCAUCUUCACAGCAGCAUCCCUCUAGUAGCAAAAUAAGUUCUGGAGCACUUGCAGGAGCCGUAGUUGGCGCGUUUGCCGGAGGCUGUAUCUUGGCCUUCUUGGUGGCCUUCUUUUGUCUACGCCGACGCAAAACGUCACCACAUCCUACUGCAAAGGAAGAACCGUCCGUUCUUGUCUCCUCAAAUCUCCGCAAGAACCCAAGGCAAAAUACCAGGGACGUGCCCAGCUCUUUCAUUUCUGUGACGAAUGGUACCCCAAAAUACUUGGAGACAUCCGCCAUUGAUACCAUUCCUGUUGACCUGUCAUCAUUCAUUCCUGAGGCUGCAGAUGAUAGCGCCGUUUAUAGGCGAGUUCAGACAUUCUUUGAUCAAGUCAGCUUGCAUGUGGAUAAUUAUUACUCACGUCCCGGUUCACAUCGUCAAUUGGCAUCUGAGAUGGUCGCUCGAGUCAAUCAAUAUGAUUCCUCUUUGCUCGGUACUUCGCUGGCGACACUGCUUUCAAACUCCAGAUCGCAGAGACCGAUCCUUACCCACACACUUCUUCAUGCUCUUUUGUUGUCUAUUCAACCUAACAGCCAAGAGAUGUCCCUGAUCCCAGCAUGCUACGGCUUGGGGGCAAUGGAAAGGGCAACUGAUCCUUUGAAUGCUGCCGAUGAUCGUGCGACAUUUGCCUGGCGCAUGUUAACAUCUUAUCUUUCCAUCAAGAAUGACCAUGCUAGCCCAGCCCAGCUUAAAAGCCAAGAAUAUUCGAUUCAAUGCUUUGUAAAUGCUUUUACUGAGACAUUUGCGUCAUACAGCGACCCUCAGUUCAGCGAAGCUGAUCGCCUCGCACACUUGACAAGCGUGGCUCGGGCAGCAGCCGAUCUUGGCAUUUGGCUGUUUUCUCAGCCAUGCUCUUUCGAAUUCCGUUGGUCGACGGCUAUAUCCACGAUCAAUCAGGUCGUUGUUCUCCCGGCUGUGGUCAAAACCCGAGACGAGCAUGGUGUACGACUGGCUGUGCCGCAGACUUUGCUAGAGGCGUUCGCACGACAAGUUUGA